CCCGGAGAAAAGUAGGUUCCCUGUUCUUGAGGCUCCCGAGGCUGCAUGCGCAGUAGCACAAGAAUGAACUCGCUCGCAAUACUUAUCUUGUGCUGACAUCUUAUGUGUUAUCGUAUCAAGUUAAAACAAACACCCACCAUGGGGGAGGAAAUGAGCCUACAAAUUUUUAUGGAGACUUUACGGAUUAUAUGCGCAAAGUGCAACACCAGGCUCGCAAGCAACACAACUAUUACAGAAGACUCCACGGCGUUCCUGACCUGAAAGAGAGCGAAGAGUUGAACAGGUAUGCUCAAGCGUGGGCUGAACGGUUAGCCAAGACGGGACAGUUCAAGCAUAGGAGUAAGUCGCCUUACGGUGAGAACAUCUAUAUGAGCUACAAUAGCAACCCUAACUUCAAGCUUAACGGAAAGGCUCCCGUUGAUUCAUGGUACAGCGAGAUCCAGUACCACAACUAUAACAACAACAAUUUCAAUCCAAAAACAGGGCACUUCACACAAGUCAUCUGGAGAGGCAGCCGCUGGCUAGGCACUGGCGUCGCGAAGUCACCAGACGGCAAAAUAUUUGUCGUGUCCAAUUACAAGCCGCGUGGAAACAUGAUGGGUCACUUUAGGGAAAACGUUCCGAGGCCCUCAUCUGGUGGAGGAACGCAACAACGAAAACUUGGCUAAAUGAAAUUGCAAAGACGUCAAAUGUAGCAAAGGGAGACGUCACUGAAGGACCGUGGUUUUGGUAAUAAUGAUUCGAACAUGUAAAUUAGCAUUUGCUGUAAAUGUGUCUACUGUUUGGAUGAAA